CGUGCUGCCUAUUCCCUGCGUGUUGCUAUGAGUGGAGCCGAUUGCAGCAUUGUUAGCAACUGUUUGGAAGUUGGUAGGCUGUAGUGGAUUGCACAGUAUUUCUUUUAGUGAUUUCUUUGGUGAAAUAAUGAUGGAAUAUCGAUGUUUAGCGGUGAUACUUUUCGUAUUUUUUGCAAUUUUCACAAUUAAAGAUUUAUUUGUUCAAUCGGAACUGUCGGAGGCAAACACAAAGGAGAUUCCCAUAACGAGAAUGGGAUCAAGUACUUUUAUCGGACCAACCAUAAAAUUUAUGUAUUGCUAUUCCUGUGGGUACCAGAAAGCAUAUCAGGAUUAUGGAAAUAUUAUACAUGAAAAAUAUCCAGAAAUCACAGUAGAAGGUGAACACUAUAAUCCCCCUGGUUAUAACAUGUUUAUUGCAAAAGUAUUGGGAGUUGGAAAAAUGCUAGUAAUAAUAUGCAUUUUGACUGGCAUAAAUAUUUUUGAUUAUUUUGGACGUGUGGAACCAUCAUGGUGGAAGUGGUGUGUGGAGUACAAAUUUUAUUCCUCCAUAAUGUUAUUUUUCUUGUGUAAUAUUCUGGAAGGACAGCUGGUUUCAACUGGAGCUUUUGAAAUAUAUUUCAAUGAUGUACCAGUUUGGUCAAAGCUUGAAACGGGAAGGAUACCUCAACCACCAGAGCUCUUCCAGAUAAUUGAUAAUCAUUUGCAGUUCCAAACAAAAGUAGAAAUAAAACCUGGAUUUGCUAAAUAAUGGGUUGGUACAUAUACGUAAUAUCAUACUGGAAGUUACUGUAUUGCCACUAUUGUAGAUGUAUACAAAGAUGACACCUGCAGAUGCCUAAGUUGACAACUUUUAACAGAUGUAGCUUCCAAAAUCGGAGACUGUGUGAAUGCUGCAAGAGAUUUAGUACUAAUUAUUAGGACAUUGUUUCUUGUCUUGGAAUGUGGUGUGCAGCUUACGUUAAUAUGAUAUAACACUCUGGCCCAUCUUCCUUUUCAUGUGUGGUCCUUACAAGAGGGAGGUAGAGCUGACUUCACUUACAUGAAAGUUAACUGAGUGCAGAGUUAAUAAUUUUAUUAAGAGAAAAUUAAUUAAUAUAUAGUUGUCAUGUAAUGUGCCAAAUGUUUUUGUCCCUAGCAGGAUAUUCAAAAUUUUGAUACCAGUGAAAUGCAGAUCUCAUUCAGGACUCUCAGUUUGUGAAUUAACAGUGUAUGUGGGACAAAUGUCAUAAUAAUUUUUAUUCAGUCAGUUUGUUUAGAAGCUAAGUGGUAAUCGGUUAUAUCCAGAUGAAUAUAAUGACAGCGAAUAUAUAUACAUAUAAGAAUAUGAUUUUUUCCUUUGGAAUGUAUGAUCUAAAUUUGAAGUGACAUUUUUGUGUUGUUUUUGUGCUGUUACGUCUAUGAUCAAGUUACAGAAUACCACUUUAGAUAUUAUUAUGUUAAUGAAUUUACAUGGAAAUAUACUGUUGUGAUUACAAUUGAA